AUGAUGUCGACGCCGUUGGCCGUUGCGGCCGUGGGUUGUUGCGGGGUGAAGCGGGAAGGGGACCCUAAGCUGGUCGGUGUUUCGUUGGGGGAGUACUUGGCCGGUGGGGAGGCGAUGUUGGUGGAGGGGGCGGCGGCGGAGGUGGCCAGGGUGGUGAAGGUGGAGAGGAAGGUCGUGGUGGCGUGUGAGGUGGUCAUGGAGGAUCCUGCUCCGGGAGGGGUUAUCGGAGUGGCGAGUGAUUCGCUGUACGCGACGGGAAUUUUGGGUAUGGUUGGUGCGGAAGGAUACGGGGAUGGGUGUAAGAGCAUGCAAGAGCUGGAUGGAGGAGGUGCAGGGGAGAGGAUGUUGGGAGUGGAAUUCGGUGGCUUUCAGAGUGAGGCAGGGUGGAUGCCGGUGCCGGUAGGAGCUGCUGCUGCUGAGACUCCAGAGAAAGCGCUUGAUCUUGCCACACAACACUAUUCUGGAACAGAUAGGGCAUGCUACCGCUGCUCUGAACCUGCUAAAGAUGGUCAGCGUGCCAGAUACUGCCUUCCGCCUCUUCAUAAAGAUGGUUUUCUAGCGUCUGGUGUUGUGUGGAGUAAACUAAAAGGUCAUCUUUGGUGGCCUGGUGAAAUUUUUGAUACUUCAGAUGCAUCUGAGUUAGCACUGAAACACCACAAGAAGGGCAGUCAAUUGGUAGCAUAUUUUGGUGUUGAUACUUUUGCAUGGUGUGAUGAAUCCCAGUUGAAGCCUUUUAUUGCAAACUAUUCUCAAAUGGCAAAUCAGAGCGACUGUGGCGCCUUCAUCAAUUCAGUUAACUUUGCACUUGAAGAAAUCUCAAGGCGGAUUUUGUUGGGGAUGUGUUGCUAUUGUCUUCCAGAAGAGCUCUCUGAUAGCAGCAUGUCUUGUAUGGUCGAGAAUUCUGGGCUCAGGGAUGGAGUUACUUGCUCUAGAGUUACACAGGCAGAGAUCUUGGAAUGUUUCAGUCCGGAUAGUUUUCUUGGUUAUCUUAAGUCAUUAGCUCUGCUCCCUGGCCAAGGAGGUGACCUGCUGGACUUAGUGAUAGCAUGCUCUCAACUUACGUCUUUCUUUCAAUCUAAGGGAUGCCAUGAACUUGCAUCAUUUCAAAGUGGCAGUGUGUGGGUUGAUGAUGGCAUGGACUCUUCUUCCACCAAGAAUGUUUUGUUGCCAGAAUCUGCCACCUAUGAACAGGAACCUAGUGAAGAUAAGCCCAAAAGAUGUAGGAGAAGCACUUCUAUAAAAAGGCCUAAGCAUCCUUUAGAGUUGUCACAGGAAAAUCCCACAUCCAGUUUGAAAAAUGCAUGCGAUUUUGAUGAUUUCAUGGGAUUGAACAUCAUUGAAAAUGUUGAAGGGAAGAGAAGUGGAAAGAGGAGAAAGUAUUUGCCUUCUCCUGAGGUACAUACAGCUGAUAAUAGGCAGGACUCCUGGUCUGGACUGUAUUUAAACGAUGACUCAACUGAUGCCCUCUGGGAAGCAAGUGCCAAAAUGAGGCCAAGACGUAAGCAGAGAUCAUUGACAGAAACAUGCGUUCCUUCAUCAGAUCUCUCUUCCCCUGUAGAACCUCUGCAACCUGGAUUUAUUGGUCCUAAGAAACAUAUACAACUGAUAGAAAGAUCAAUUAUCCAUGUCGAUGAACAGAGAAUCGAUGAGAUCAUGCCCACGGCACUUGUUUUAAGUUUUGACAGAUCAGCUGCUCUUCCUUCAGAAGUGGAUCUUAUUAGGUUGUUUAGUCGCUAUGGGCCUCUGAAAGAAUCUGAGACUGAAGUACACCAGAACACGAGCACCGUUAAAGUUGCCUUCAAGAGACGUGUUGAUGCUGCAAGCGCUUUCAGUGUUGUCAGCAAGUAUGGCUAUUUUGGACCUUCACUUCGUAGUUUUCGGCUCGUAAAUAUGCCAUUUUUCCUAACCAAGUUAAGCCCUGAAAAUCCUGGCACAGAGGUCCCUGCUUGAGAGUUGAUGAAGCUGAAAAUCUGUGAAGAAAACAUCAACUGAUUGAUCCAGCAGGGCAAGCUAACAGAACUAAAGGUGAGGGCACGACUGAAGAAUCAUAUGAGCAAGUUGGUUUGACUGAGCAAAUCAGUUGGUUUUUCUUCAAUUAAAACUUGUUGAUAUUCCGGUUGUCUACUAGAUCAAGGUGUUGUCUCAUCCGAAUGAUGCGUUGGUUUUGUAUAGAAAACAGGAAUCCGACACUAGUAUCACAAUGUUGUCUUCACUCUUCAGUAACUAGGGCACUUAUAUGAUCAUGCUUUUUUGGUAGAAACUUAAGGUAAACCAGCGAAAAUAGACAUCCUUUUGGCAUUCGUGCAGUUGGCAGUUGACCAGCCACUGUAUUAAGAUGUUAAAUCAAGUAGUGGAACCAUGGUUGUUUGCACUAUUCAUGAUCCCAUUUGGAGCUUUUGGGCAAGCCGUUUGUUAUAAGAGAAUGCACUGUCUAAUUCCUCACGAUACCGUGGUUGCAUCACUAUGGCAUGCGGCAUAAACUCGUGAUGUUCC